AUGCUACACGAUCGGCCUCUUAGAACUGUCUAUCGGAAGCUUUUAAACAUUGCAAGUGAGCCCCCACUGGGAGAAAAAGGCCAGUCUUAUUCCGGGUUGCCAUUGCUGCUGCAGCCUAGGUUCACAGAGCCCUGGGCUGGUGACUGGAGCAAUGAAUUCGACUACUAUGGCGAGGAUGAAACAUCUUUCCUUAGAGAUGCUGAAGGCAGUGAUGUUCAUGUUUCUUUGUCCACAAGUGACAAGGUUUGCCUCAUGAGCAAUGUUGGCCAAGGAAGUUUCCGGCCUAUGUCUGGCCAAACCGUCCAGAAGAAGCACCCAAUGGCGGGUAUGAAGAAGUUUUGGGAAGACUGGAACAAACUAUUCGAAAUAUCAGAUGAGCCAGAAAACCUUGUCAGCGAAGAAGAACGGCCUCAAGUUGAACUUUACAUCGGCACCAAAGGUCAAGCUUCAGUCCAGGAGCAAUCUCGGCGAGUUGUCAUCCCACGUUGGCUUCACGAUCCGCCAGUUAGUCAGUUUCGCUUCACUCAAAGGAUCAACCAGGCAAGAUGUGAAGCUCAGAAGAAGGAGUAUGAGUCUCAGAACACAGCCAGCCAGACCGCCAUGGAGGAACCCCCAGUUCCUACUUCUGUCCGUGGGAUACAUGAGCAGCUCUGGCAAGUCCUGGCUAACGACGCCAGGAAGCUUAGCUUAGAUCAGAAUGAGAAUUUCGACAUUGAUUAUGAUAUUGACAAGGCUAUGAUUGAGCUUGAGGACUUCCAGGAAUGA